AUGGAGUGUUACUACAUUGUCAUCAGCUCCACGCAUCUCAGCAACGGACACUUUCGCAACAUCAAGGGAGUUUUCCGGGGCCCUCUCAGCAAGAACGGGACCAAAACUCUGGACUAUGCUGAGAAGGAAAAUACCAUAGCAAAAGCUCUUGAAGACCUGAAGGCAAAUUUCUACUGUGAACUCUGUGACAAGCAGUACUAUAAGCAUCAGGAGUUUGACAAUCAUAUUAAUUCUUAUGACCAUGCUCACAAGCAGAGGCUCAAAGAACUGAAACAAAGAGAAUUUGCUCGAAAUGUAGCAUCUAAAUCCAGGAAAGAUGGAAGAAAACAGGAAAAGGCACUUCAACGCUUACACAAGCUUGCAGAGCUAAGAAAGGAAACUGUAUGCGCUCCUGGAAGUGGCCCCAUGUUCAAGUCAACAACUGUUACUGUGAGAGAAAAUCUUAAUGACAUUUCACAAAAAGUUGUUGAUUCAGUUAAUAACCAGGAAGAAUUAAAAUAUCCAUUGAUUCGUAGUGAAGAGAAUUCUGAAGAUGUUACCACUGUUGCUGCAAAUUCCGAAAGUGCAAAUAAUUAUAGAGCAAAAAAUAACCAACUUGGGGAUCAAGCCUUGGGAAUUCACAGACACAAAAUAGGCUUUUCUUUUGCAUUUCCAAAGAAAGCAUCAGUGAGACUGGAGUCCUCAGCCGCAGCCUUUUCUGAAUACAAUGAUGAUGCCUCUGUGGGAAAAGGAUUUAGCAGAAAAAGGAGAUUUCUUCCUGAUGCUUGUCAUCUUCAACUAUCUUCACCAACAGAUCCUCUUUUGAGUUCUGAGGAGAAAGCUAACACUUUUCAUCUACCAGAGGAAAUGUGCUCUGACAAAGAAGAUACUCUUCAAACUCAAGAGUUGAAAGAAGUCUCUAGUAAAAAAGAUACAUUAUUAUUACCUCCAUUUUGCCACCCUCAAUCCCCUUUAUCUCCUGAUGCAGAUAAUUGCCAAACUUCAGUUUCAGUAGCAGAUAAGAUCUCACCAGAAGAUGUCAUUAUUAAUAGAGACAUGUCUAUGAAUUGUGGCAGCUGUAAAUUGUUAGAAAAUAAAUCCACAGUUUUUGAUGUAUGCACUGAUGGCUUGUCUUUGCAAGCUACUAUGGAGGCAAAUGCUAAGAACAAUGAUGCAUCCACAACUGAAGUUGAAAGUAAAAAUUGUGAUCCUGACAUUUUGGCAUUUUCAAAUAUUGAAGAGGAAAAUAUAAACUUACAUAAAAAAACAGGUUUAUGUAAAAGACAAUGUCAGCCUUUUGUACCCGUACUUAACAAACAUGGGUCAACAGUUCUUCAGUGGCCAUCAGAAAUGCUUAUUUACACAACUGCCAAGCCAUCAAUCUCCUAUAGUUGCAAUCCUCUCUGUUUUGACUUCAAGUCCACCAAAUUAAACAACAAUCUAGAUAAAAAUAAACUGUUGUUAAACGAUCCUAACACUCAGCAGAAAGGAGAAGACAUUUGCAAGGCACUAGUUUCAGAGGACAAGGCCACAUCUUUCACAGGUCUCAUUGGUUAUGAAAUUGUAGGUAGUAGAAGAGAAUACAGUCAAGUCACUCCUCUGUUAUCUGAUGAAACUCUCUCUAAGAGCUAUGCUUCUGGAAAAAAUGGAAAUGUGGGUCUGAGAAUUAAAAAUAUUUCAUGUAGAACAAGAAGCACGGAAAAAUAUAACAACACUAAAAAACAACUAAAACAGGAUACUUUAGAUAAGAAAUACAACAAAAUACGAUUGAAAGAUACUCAUGAACACUGGUUUCAUAAAAGUAGAAGAAAAAAAAGAAAAAGAAAGUUAUACCAACACCAUCAUGGGGAGAAAACCAAAGAAUUAGAAUUUCAUUGUAAAACAGAAAUGGAGAAUAAUUACAAUGAUAAAACUGGUUCAAAUCUAUUGGAAACAGUUUCAAAAAGGCAGCAUUUAAUUGCCAAACAAUUACCAGAAUCACAUCACUUACCUGAUAAUACACCCAAAUCUGUAUCGCCAUACCUAAGUGAAUACACCAAAUACAGUAACAGUGAUGCUGCCAACUCUAAAACCCCCUACGGAAAAAACACAAUUGUUUUAAAUGGACAAUCAAACCCAACCAUGAUACAUUCUGGAAAACAAAAUUUGACAUAUUCCAGAACUUUCUGUGGUUUGAAAUGCAAAAAGUCAAGCUGUACCCCAAAUCACAAAUGCUUAGUUCUUCAGAAAGAUGUGAAAUACAUGAGUCAAAAGCAGGCUGUUAAAAGAGGUUAUAAUUCUCUUGAAUCAGAAAGAUUCCAUAGAAAACGUAGACAACAUUCAUAUUCUUAUUCUUCAGAUGAAAGUUUAAACCAUCAGAAUUAUUUACCAGGGGAAAAUUUGAGGCCAUCAAGUACUUCAGUUGCUCCUUGUAAGCCUAAAAAGAAACGGAGGAGAAAAAGAAGCAGGCUGCACACUAGAUUUGAAGCUUUGGAACCUAAAGAGAAUUCAAAUUAUCUCAUGAAAGAUAAUGCUUCCGUAAGCAAUGUGGAUGAGUUAAAUGAAGACAAAAAAGAAGAAAUAAAACCACAUGAAAUUACAAAUACUGAAAGUAACUCAGAAAAAACAGACCAAGUCGAAAACAACCUGACUUUGGACUCAACCAAUCUUCUUCCACUUGAAACCAAUGGUGAAAUUGAACACGUAGUUAUGGAGACCACUUCUGGUAAAUUUUCAGAGGUUUCCAGUGACCCUACUACAUCUUUUUAUGUAGCUAGUGUUCCAACAAAAGUAGUAAUUGAAAAUACAUUGCUUGAACACAAGAAAAGAUGUGAGAUUAUUAAUAUUAAUGAAAAACAAAUUCCUUCCAAAGUGCCCAGUAUUGAAAGAAACUUUAAACAGGCACAACCUAAAUCAUACCUUUGCCAUUAUGAACUGACUGAGGCUCUUCCACAAGGAAAGAUAAACGAGCCAUCAACUGAAUGGCUACGGUAUAAUCCAGGACUUCUUAACACACAACCACCUUUACAAUUCAAAGAAGCACAUGUCAGUGGCCAUGCCUUUGUAACAGCUGAGCAAAUUCUGGCUCCAUUAGCUUUACCAGAACAAGCAUUAUUAAUCCCACUAGAAACCCAUGACAGAUUCAAAGAUCUGCCAUGUGAGGCCUACCAACAUAUUAUACAGCCAAGCAUGCUGGCCAACAAGGUCAAAUUUACCUUUCCUCCAACUGCCCUUCCACCCCCUAGCACACCUCUGCAGCCUUUAACUUUGCAACAGCCCUUAUGUUCUACCUCUGUAACUAGGAUCCACCACACUGUUUUGCAGCAGCAUGCAGCAGCCGCAGCCGCCGCCGCCGCUGCUGCAGCUGCAGGAACCUUUAAAGUGCUUCAGCCACACCAACAGUUACUUUCUCAAGUCCCAUCUUUAUCUAGAACAUCAUUACCUCAGAUUUCAGUAGGACCUAGGCUUUUUCCUGGGAACCACCAGACUUUUGUGGCUCCUCCUCAAAUGCCAAUAAUUCCAGCUUCAGUUCUUCAUUCUAGUCACUUAGCUUUCCCACCUUUAUCCAAUACACUCUUCCCUUCCCUGCUUUCCCCACACCCUACAGUCAUUCCUCUGCAACCUCUCUUUUAA